AUGAAGGUCCUUGCUACUCUUUUUGCGAUUACAGCCACCUAUGUAUUGCCAUCGAUGGCGGAUGGUCCUGGUUUUAUUCUUGGGACAUGGUGGGACACGACGUACGGGCCUGCUGAUGGCUUAAAGGACAUCACCUUUCCUAUGUCUAUGGCCAAUGCCACGCAUGAGAGCGGGUACUAUUUCAUGCAAUCAUUCAUUUUCCAGGGCGUUGGUGGAACCGGCUACACGGGAUUACAGCCUAGACCUGAUUCAGGAUCUAGUAGCGUUGUCCAUGCUGUGUUUUCAAGCUUUGUGAAUGGAUCCACAACCGAUGAUGCUAAUUGCCAUGAUGGCGCUGAUUUUGGUCCUGGUGUGAGCUGCGCCGUUGACAUUAACGUGCCAUCCUACGAUCAUUUGUACCAUCUCGUUGUCGAAAAUACGGAAGGCACCAAAUGGAAAGGCACCCUCGUUGAUACCGUCACCAAUGAAGAAACCCAUAUUGGUUCUUAUACUCUACCCUCCAACGCAAAAGGAAUCGAUCACCACUUUAGAGGCGUUGUCGAGUAUUUCCCUUGGAAUGGAGGCCAAAAGACACUACCAUGCGACAAGUUGCCUUGGACACAGGCUUACUUUGGUCCACCAACAACAAACACACCAGGAGCAGGUGACGGUUGGCUUAUUCCCUUUGUGCAACAAAAUCCACAAUGCAACGACAAAGUCAAUUUUCACCAAACUGAAACCAGUGAUGGAGGGUAUAUUACCGAAUGUGGUUUCAAAUAA